AUGCUGACAUCCGUGGGUACGGUGCUGCUGUACGGCGUGCCGAUCGUGUCGCUGCUGAUCGAGUCGCAGGAGCGGCUGUGCCUGGCGCAGAUCUCCAACACGCUGCUGAAGGAGUUCAGCUACAACGAGAUCCACAACCGGCGCGUGGCGCUGGGCAUCACGUGCGUGCAGUGCACGCCGGUGCAGCUGGAGAUCCUGCGGCGCGCCGGCGCCAUGCCCGUGUCGUCGCGCCGCUGCGGCAUGAUCACGCGCCGCGAGGCCGAGCGCCUCUGCAAGAGCUUCCUGGGAGACAACGCGCCGCCGCGACUGCCCGAGGACUUCGCCUUCGCCGUCCACCACGAGUGCGCCUGGGGCUGCCGCGGCGCCUUCCUGCCCGCCAGGUACAACUCGUCGCGGGCCAAGUGCAUCAAGUGCGCCAUGUGCGGCCUCUUCUUCUCGCCCAACAAGUUCAUCUUCCACUCGCACCGCUCGGGGCCCACGGCCAAGUACGUCCAGCCGGACGCCGCCAACUUCAACUCGUGGCGACGACACCUGCGGCUCAGCGGGUCGCCGCCCGAGGAGGUGGUGCACGCGUGGGAGGACGUCAAGGCCAUGUUCAACGGCGGCACCCGCAAGCGCCUCAUGGCCUCGUCGUCAUCGUCCUCCUCCUCCUCCCCAAGCUGGAGACCGCGCCCCCUGCCGCCGCCGCCUCUGCAGCCUCUGCCGCCUCCGCCGCCCCCGCCGCGCGUGCCACCCUUUCCGGACUUGCCGCUUCCGCUCUCCAGGAGCCUGGUGAUGGACUACGUGUGGCACCAGAAACAGCAGCACUUCGCCUUCCCGCCGUAUGCGGCUGCGCUGCCCUGGCUGGCGAGCGCCAAAUUGGGCUUCCCGCCCCCACCGCCGCCCCCGCCGCCUCCACCGUCCGCGCUCAGCCACGCUGAUCUGCAGCCCAAGGCCUCGGUGGGCGACGCACCGAGCCCCACGGGCGUUGGGGCCAGCGCCGACGACGAAGACGACGACGAGACGCUGGUCGACAUCGAGAGCACCGAAGACGAGCCGCCUCCGGCGCCCACCCCCGCCACCCCCACCAACGCUCCAGCGCCGCGGCUCUGGAAAACCGCCUCCCCCAAGGUCGAGGAAGAAAUCGCAGAGCAGCAAGACAGCCCAGCCGGAGGUGAAGGUCAGCCGGUUCCGCGGCCGGGCCUGUGGGCUGUGGCCCGCCUCUCGCUGGAGCACCCCGAGCGCGCCCUCUACCGCAGCGAGGUCGCCAGGCAGCUGCACAUCAUGAGGGAACUGGCAGCUCCAGUGCCGACGGAGCCCUGCACCUACUUUGGUCUGCCAGAUGCUCUCCACGCACCGGACAGGAUCAAAGAUGCGCACACGGCGCUGCAGCACCUGUCGUCCAAGAUGGCGCUGGACUGCUCGGCGUGCCACCAGCUGUACAGCGGCGGCGUGCUGCCCACACACUCGCCCGACGCCAAGCUGGCGCCAUAG